GCAAGCGAGGGGAUAGAUAUAUACAGAGCCCCCCUACAACAGAGAACAAAAGUUGUGAAUGUUAUUCAUCUCUCUGUUCUUUAUGUCCUGUGUUAAUUGGCAAUUGAGGAUUAAUAUACCUGCAGACUGUCCCGGAGAGAGCAGCUAAUUUAAACAAGAUGACAGAUGUCAUUGUUCAGAAGUUCUCCUUCCCUUUUUCUUGCUCACCAUGCCAUGCCCAAGCUGAUGAACAGCCGGUCACAGAGCCGAGAUCUCACCAAGGCAUUGAACGACUAGAACAAGGAACACUAAAAGCAGCAAAGGACCCAAAUAAUAACCCAAACCAAAACAACUCAAAGCCGGAGUAUAAGGACAUGAUGUCUGCACCCAAGGUCAGAGAAGCACAAGCUCCCAGCACAGAUCCUGACCUCCAGAACACAGAUAUGGUCUACUCUGCAAAUGGCAGUCCUGAUUCAGAGCCUGUAGCGAGCACAAAUGGCACCAUUAAAACCUAUCUGACUUCUGAUACACAGGACAGGGAUUCAUCAUCAGUGGAGAAUAGCCAGUCUAAAGGCAAGGUUUCCUACAAGACUGUGUUUGAGAAAUGGGCAAGCCUGCAAUAUGAAGAACAACGGCCUAGUACAAAGCGCCAGCUUUCUGCAGAGAGUGCAGCAAAGUGUGUGACUGUAAGGAAGAAGAGCACAGUGGCAAGCAAUAAAGAAGCGCUAGCAAAGCCUCUCUCACACACCAAUCCUGGAACACAGCCCAGGAAAGCUGGUCUACCCAUACGCUCCUUCUGUCAGAGGCAGCCAAGAAGACAGCUGUUCAGCAGCACUGAGGUCUUCCACAAAGUGGACACACAUGUAAUUAGCAAAGGGAGGGAGCUGAAAGAUCAGGGAGUGUUCUCACCUCAGAGCAUUGCUCGCGUAAUUACACAGGGGGCCAGAAAUGAGUUAGAAAAAAUCAGGGCCAUAUGGGUCUGGCUCUGCUAUAAUAUAGAAUAUGAUUUGGAUGGGUACCUGGGUUUUUCCCCAAAGCUCUCCACCCCAGAGGAAGUCAUUAAGGCGGGUCGAGGAGUAUGCAGUGGAUUUUCCAGCAUCUGUCUGGAGAUGUGCAGGGAAGUUGGCAUUCUGUGUGAGGAGGUGAGUGGGUACAGUAAGGGCAUUGGGCACUGGCCUGGGCACAGGCUGGCAGAUAAGCCUUCUGACCACAUGUGGAAUGCUGUGUGGGUGAAGGGGCAGUGGGGGCUCCUGGACGCCUGUUGGGGGGCUGGAACUGUGAACAUGGAUACUAAAACUUUUGUUAAGAGAUUUGACGAUUUUUACUUCCUGACUGAGCCGAGAGAAUUUAUAAACUCACACUUUCCUGAUGAAGAGACCUGGCAACUGCUGGACACUCCAAUCGCUCUGGAACAGUUUGAACUGAUACCAUUAAAGACCUCAGCAUUCUACACGCUGGGACUGACUCUUCUACAACCCACACAGUACAAAAUAACCACAGAUGAUGGGGAGACAACUGUGACUGUGAGCUCAUGCGGACGGUUGACCUUUGCCUACGAGCUCAGGCAGCGGGACUCGGAGACAGGAGCUGCAAGGCAGAACGAGGUCGACGGCUCAUGUGGUCUGCUGUCAGUGACGCAGCAGGGUAUGAGACUUCGUCUGCUGCCACCAGAGCCAGGAACCUAUGAGCUGAAGCUGUUCGCGCGACCAGAGGGUGACUCUGGCACUCUUCUCUGGGUCUGUACUCUGGAGCUGGAGUGUCCGGCUGUCCAGCAGAGCCAGUCGCUGCCCGCUAACCCCUAUCUGAGUUGGGGCUUAGGGUCCAAUGCAGGGGUGCAUGGGGUGAAGGGCUGCAGUGUGCCAAGCCAAGACACUCUGGAGGUUUGUGAGAGAGGUGAGUGUGAGAUAGUGCUACACACCUCACGGCCCCUGAUGAUGGUGUGUGAGCUCAUACACCCUGAACUUGACUUUGCUCUGGCUAAGCGCUGCCUGGCACUUCAAAUAACAGCAGAACAACUGGUGUGCAACGUGCUAUGCCCAUACAAAGGCUACUACCGUCUUUCUGUGUUUGUGCGUGAUUACAAUGAUGGAAGUGGCUCCUUUCAGAAUGUAGGGAAUUUCCUGCUGCGAUGCAAGGGCUUAGGAGUGAAUCAAAAUGUGCUAUAUCCCCCUGAUCUCAGUCCAUGGUGUGGACCAGGAAUGCGCACUCAAGCAGCCGGACUGUCGCAAUUUAGCCACACAGGGGCAUUGGUGAAUUUGCCUCAGGGUCGCUGUAAUAUUACUUUCCACUGCACCUCAUCACAGCUACAAAUACACGCAGUCCUUAGUGCAGAGUCAUACCAGAAGAACAAAGAAAAACUGAAUCAGGCCAGCUUUCCACUGUCACGAUACAUUUUGCUCACAUUCACAGACAGCAAGGUGACAGUGAGUGUGUGUGUGCCGCAGCCUGGAGUCUAUCGCUUGGGUUUAUAUGGACGCACACCACCUCAGCAAGACUACACACCGCUGUGCGACUAUGUGCUACGAAGUGUGUGUGACAGAUGUGGAGAACCAUUCCCAUGUGUGUAUUCAGCGUGGGGGAAAGGGUGCGUGCUGCUGGAGCCACGUGGAGGCGUGCUGGCCCCACAGAGCUGGGUGUGUUUCCGUGUGCGGGUGCCGGCAGCACAGAGAGUGAGUGUGCUAGCAGAGCAGCGAGUAGAUUUAAAAAUGAAUAAGAGCAGGGUGUGGGAGGGCAAGGCCUUUACAGGAAACAUCACUCAAAUUAAACUGACUGCAGCCACCUCAGACACCAGCGACAUGGCCGUGCUCAUGACCUUUGAUGUCCUCAACCUGGAGAGUAAGCUGUGAUGGAAAAGAGAGAGAGGGAGACAGACAGAGUAUAUGCGUGUGUAGGGCAGCUGGACAGUAUCCAUAAAGUGAGCUUGUUUAUGACAGAAAGUUGCUUGUAAUUCUUUUUGGGGUUUUUUCUGUUAAAUGGUUUGUGUUGUACUGGAUGUAUCUUAUGAAAUGGCUAAGAAAGGCAAUUUAAGCAUUUCUUAAAUACAGUAACCUCAAACACAAGCAUUGUAAAUGUCUCUGUCUUUGUUUUUCAAUCCAUGUUCUUAGUCUGAUCUCUUAUAGUGUAAUUAUAAUGGCUGCAAAGGACAAUAGACAUUUUAAGAGGGCAUGGUACAGCUGUAAAGAGCAUUCAAGUCACAGAAGGGGUCUUUGUGUGUUUAGCAGCAACACACAAAGGCCAGAGUACAAGGCCCACUGGUAGAUGAACAGCUUUUAUAUGGCAUGUCACUUAAAAACUGCUAAAAGUGUGGUCUGAAUAUAUCCUUAACCUAAGGAUAUGCUGUUUAUGUGUCAAACAGCGCAAGACGCUGAAGUGAACAUUCAUAAUCCCUAAGUUCAUUGUCUGCGGUUACUGAGAUUGGUAAAAAUAUGCUUGUACUGAACGAGGGAAAAACAAAUGACAAAUGAACAGCACAGUAUAUGGAAUCAUCCCAAAUAGAA